AUGUCACCAAAAUACAUUUUUGAUGUGGCAUUUGUCGUGUCCCUUUUACUGGGGAAUGUGAAAAUAAUAUCAAUGGAGCUCUCCACCUCCCAAGAGCCAGAAAUAAGCCCAAUAAUCCCAACAACUACCAGGGCGAAAAGUGAUAAUCCCAAACUUAAAUCGUUCAUGCAAACCUAUGAGUCGGAUGACGGCAAUAGCUGUUUUCUGGAUAUUAUCAAAGACGAAGUGCUGUGGUGGAUGAAUCCCAAUGGUACCCUCAAACUGGGUUCCAAAAAGUUCGUAAACAAAGUAUAUCUGGAUCUAUCUCAUGGCAACCUCAAAGAAGAUGCUGCUCUACUCUAUGAGGCCAAAUUAGUAAAAAACAUUUUCCAAUGGCGGGUGGAAGUUUUCUCAGCGGCCUUCAAUAACCUCCGCAUGACCCCCUACAUUACCCUCCACUCCAUGAGGUCCUCCCUGAUGUUCUUGUCCUUGCGAGGAAACAACUUUUCCGAGCUGAUCCCAGAUGCUGAAGCUUUUCAGCGAUUUUUAAAUGAAAACGUCUUUGAAACGACAAGUGAAACUGCACAACACAAAUGCGAGCUAUCCAUGGCCAGCAAUUCCAGCGAUCUGUACGAUCGGGAGUGCUUCCUAUAUUUCCAAAACAUCACAACACCUUACACAACCAACACCAUAAAUUACACGGAUUACAGUCGGUUACUAAAGGAGCGAUACGAGUCGCUUACGAAAUCUUCUCAAUCCAUUGCCUGGGCGAAUUUCCCGAAGAUGCCGCGUCUUAUGGAGCUGGACUUGAGCAACUGCAGCAUCGAGUACGUCAGCAAGGAGGCCUUCCAGAACGUCACCAACCUGCGACGGCUGUUCAUGUCCGCCAACAAGAUUAUGACCAUUAAGCAGGACAUGUUCUACCACAUUCAGGGACUACAGUAUCUGGACAUGUCCUUCACCAACAUCCUGACCUACAGCUAUCAACUGCAGCUGCCCACCCUGGAGAUGGCCAUGAGUCUGGUCUAUGGCUUGAAGAUCCAGCAGAAUGUUUUCAAAAUGCUCCCGGAAUUGGUGUACCUCGAUCUGUCCCACUCCAAGAUGACACGGAAUAGUGCGGUGGCCUUCGCCCAUCUGGGGGAUAAGCUAAAGUUCCUCAGCUUGUGCUACACCAACAUGCCGAUGCUGAGCAGUGAGAUCUUCAAAAACACCGCCCUGGAGGGUCUGGACCUGUCCGGGAAUCCAUUCGUGUCCUACAACAUUAUAGACAAUGCAUUCGAUGGCAUUGCCGACACCCUGAAGUACUUGUAUUUCGAGAACUCGAAUUUGAAGGACUUGGGGUGGUCGAAGAGCCUGAACAAUCUCCAGGUUUUGGGCCUGGCGGGUAAUAACAUUAAUGCCCUCACUCCAAUGAUGUUCCAGUCCCUGCAGUCGCUGGAGAUCCUGGACUUGAGCUCCAAUCAUGUGGGAAACUGGUAUCGCAGCGCCUUCCACAACAACACCGCCCUUCGGGUUCUCAAUCUGCGCAGCAACACCAUCAACAUCCUGACCAAUGAGAUGCUCAAGGACUUUGAGCGCCUGGAUUACCUCAGUCUGGGGGAUAACAACUUCGUGUGCGACUGCCACCUGAGGGCGGUGGUGGAGGUGGCAGCCGGAAACAACAAGGACGCCGAGUGCUCCUACAAGCUGCUCAACUACAGUCAGGAGUCCUUGGGGCAGGAACUGGUCUCGGCAGUGGAAUCCCUUCACAUAGACCGCAAUCUCUGGCGGAGUCGCUACAUUCCUUGGCUGAGAAGAAGCUAUACCAAUGUCAGAGAGUACAAUCGGGUGAAUCACAUUAUUAGAUUGCAUUUUCUGUCUGAGGACUACAUGGCCUCCAAGUGUUCAUCCCCGACGCCAUACCAAAUGAAGGAGGUGAGUACAGACCUCACCUUAAAGUUCCAACUGCUGGACUACGAGGCCAGCGAGUACUGGUGCUUCAACGAAACCGAACAGCUCCAAGUGGAUCAACUCAAUUGCCAUUCCCGCUCCAUGGCCGACAUCUCGGAAGAACUGCAUCGCAUUACGACAACAGUGGUUGCUGUGGUGGGCACCCUUGUGGGCAUCUGCAUCCUGGGAUUCAUAGUCUAUUUGAAACGGUGGCACAUCCACUACUACUACUCCUCGCUGAAGUCCGCUGCCCUGCUCUCCAGUGCCUCCAAGGAAUCUGUGGACAACUUCAGCAACAUUUCCCAACGGGAUCCCAAUGCCGUCUACGAUAUAUUCAUUAGCUACUGCGAGAACGAUCGUCCUUGGGUGCUGAACGAGCUGCUGCCCAACGUGGAGGAUGCCGGAGAUGUAUCCAUAUGCCUCCACGAACGCGAUUUUCAGAUUGGAGUGACCAUUUUGGAUAACAUAAUCUCCUGCAUGGACAGAUCCCACUCACUAAUGUUGAUUAUAUCUUCCAAAUUCCUUUUGAGUCACUGGUGCCAAUUUGAAAUGUACUUGGCACAGCAUCGAAUUUUUGAAGUCAGUAAGGAGCACCUGAUUCUGGUUUUCCUGGAGGACAUACCCCGAAGAAGGCGGCCAAAAACCCUUCAAUAUCUUAUGGAUGUUAAGACCUACAUUAAAUGGCCAGUUGGAAAAAACGAUGCUAGUCCAAGUUCGGAUGACAGGAAACUGUUUUGGAAACGCUUGAGGAGAUCACUGGAAGUCAUAGGAAUCAGCUUGCGGGAGGUUAAUGUUUAG